AGUGGCUGUGGCGCAGAGAAUAUCAUUCUAUCAUUCUGCCUUGAAUUAAUUAAAGAAAAAAGAAAAAAACGGCUCUCAGACGGGAGCCGGCUCUUAUCGUUAACUUAAAAGAGUCGGCUCUUUGAACCAGCUCGUUCGCUACCGACACAUCACUAGUAACCAUGGCAACUAGAGUUUGCGUAGAGCUGGCUGCUACACAGAGCUGACCGCUUGUUUUUAGGGUGAUUUACUGAACAAAUAGGACUUUUCACAUUCAGUAAUUUGGCCGGUAACGGUACACAGCGUUUCCUGUCGGUUGUGACGACCAUCUGCCAGCUGGAGGAAGCUGUCUCUGAUGUCUGACAAUAAUAGAAGGGGUUCUUUAAAAAGUCAAGGGGAAGGACCUAUAAAGGUGUCUUACAUUUUCCCAAAUGAAGACAGAUAUGAGGGGAAGUGCAGCAGUUGUGCAUCAGGGGUGAUGAUGAGGAGCGGUACCGGUAAACACACCUCAGCAGGUGGCAUCAUAUACACUGGAGAGUGGCUUGAAGACAAAAUGCACGGUAGAGGCACCCUGCAGCAUCCCUCUGGAGCACUAUAUGAAGGAGAAUUCAAAGACAACAUGUACCACGGCACGGGAACAUAUACCUUCCCUGACGGCUCUACUUACAAAGGUCACUUUCACAAUAACAGGUUGGUGGGAGACGGGGCAUUCACAAACACAGAGGGACAGGUUUGGAUGGGGGAGUUCCACGGCAAAGCAGCGCUGGGCCUGAAAUUGCAGCACAAUACUUAGGCAAAACAAGCGUUAUUGUACUGCACUGUAUAAAACACUGAAAAUGAAAAUUAAACUAUAUUUUAAAAAAGACUAAGCUCAAAA